AUGCAGAAUGCCUUGGUCCGUCCGCGGCGCACGCUGCGAACUCUGCUACUCGCAUUCCUGAAGCUGAGCACGUCGCAACUGAACUGGCUGCCCAAGACGCUGCGGAGCCGGACCAAAACGCUCGUACCAUUGCUAAUGCGACUCGGCAGCUGGACCAACAGGACGCCAUACGCCAAGCAAACUUGCAACACGCUCGCCGGCCCGCAUUUCGUGCGCCUUUCGCUGCAGCGGACCCAGAAGCAGCACCGAAAGCGCUGGCAAAGCCGCCGCCGCCGCGCACAAAGACAGUGCGGUGCCCGCAGUAGCGAAGAGCGCAUUUCAACGAAUGCCGUUCGCCCCUCGAAUACAGUAGCCACGGCCGGCGUUCUGAACAGAACCGCAGGUGGCAGCGGGAACGGCACGAGCCGCGCGCAGUCCCCGCCGGCGACGUCGUGCGCGCCGCAGCAGCCGAGCAGCGCAGCACGGCUGGCCGCGGCCGGCCCCAAGCUGUCUCGGGGCGGCCUGUGCUGCGUGCACGAGGGGGCCGCCACCGACGACGAAGAAGCGGACGACGUGGCUCGCAAGUCCGCGGCUGGUCGGCGGCCGCCCCCGUCGCAAGCCAAGGUGGCGCGGUUCCACGAGCUGCGGCGGCAGGCCUCGGCCAAGUCGUCGCCCGAGCAACGAAAGCGAGAGGCCUCGCCGCCGCUAUGCCACGUCGAGCUGCGCGGCAGGAAGGUCGUCAAGAAGUCCUCGCCGGACUCGAAGGUUACCUUAUACAUGGAGAAACGGGAAUUCUGUGACCUGGGAACUUGCACGGAGCCAGUAGAGGGCGUGGUAGUGCUCGAUGCCGACCAGCUGCAGCCCAACGAGCGGCUCCUGGUGGCGCUGGUGGGCCGGUUCCGGUACGGCCGCGAGGAGGACGAGAUCCUGGGCAUGACGCUCUGCCGAGAGGUCUACCUGGGACACACGCAGCUCUGCCACGAGCAGCCCAGCUCGCCCCGCACCCCGCAAGCCGCCACCGGAUCCUCCACCACAGAGCCGCCAAAAUCCCCCGGCCGUGCCCUGUAUGCCAUGCAGCUGGGACCUGUGCACCGAAGGUUGAUGGACGCCCUGGGCGAAGCGGCCGUGCCUUUUCGUUUCGAGUUUCCCCGCGACGCGCCGGUGUCGACGGUGAUGCAGCGGCUGACUCCGGAGUCCGGAGACACGUGCGGAGUCCGGUACCUGGUGCGGUGCUACACGUUGCUCGAUGAAGAAGAGACGCCCGCGCAGUGCAGAAGCUGCGUGAACAUCAGCAUCCGCAAGGUACAGUGCGCCACCACGCCGCGCCCCAUCUGCGUCGGCCCGCGGUCGGCGUUGCUCACCAAGGACUUCCCUCUCAACGCCGGCAAGCUGGUGGUGGAGGCGAGCCUCGAAAAAGAGCUCUACUUCCACGGCGAAGAAAUUGUGGUUAAAGUGAACGUCCAGAACCAGUCCCAAAAGACGGUGAAGCACAUCAAAGUUUCGAUCCUCCAAGUCGUGGACAUCUGCAUGUUCUCUACGGGCCGCUGGAAAGUUUGUGUCGCUACGGCAAAUGGAAGCAAGGACGACUGCCCCGUGCUUCCCGGCUCGACAGUGGAGCGCCGCGUGUCGGUGACACCAUCCCUGGAGGAGAACCGCCAGAAGUACGGCGUCUUCGUCGAGAGCUACAAGGGCGACGACAUUCACUGCCUCGCUUCUUCCACCAUCAUCUCGGACCAAGCCAGGAAGAACCUGUUCGGCAUCGUCGUCUCCUACGAAGCGAAAGUGAAAGUUUAUCUCGGCACGCUGAGCUCCCUUUCGGGGCGAGGCGAGAUGGCUUGCUUCGUGCCGUUCCUGCUGAUGCACCCGAGGCCCGCAGAGUCGCCCGUGGAUCUGAGUCCCGACGAGACGCUCGCGGCCACCACGUCGUCCAGCAGCGCCAAGCCCGUGCCGGCCACGGGGCUCGACGAGGUGAUCGCCGAGUCCACGGCGCGCACGGGCGCGGCCGUCCUGCAGGGACCGCCAGAGUGCAGUCCCGGUGGAUCUGUGGACGUCCUUGGCGGCGACAGCCCCACUGAGACCGCGACUCCGGCCGGUUCCUACUGCGAAGAUGAGCUCGUCCGCAAGUUCGACGAGGUCAACACCAGCAGCGACUGAAGCUGCGGAGGCUACGGGAAGCAGUGGCCAUUCUUGUUGAAUCGGUGCGGCUCGUCUGUGGCCAGCGCACGCGCCUGUCGGUACGAGCGUGCCAGUGGUGCAGAAAUGCUCCGAGACCCAACAGCCUUGCCUCGUAUGGAGUCCCCGUCAGACUCGUACUUUCCUGUCGUUCGUGACGCGACAGUUUCCAGCAAGUGUGAUGCUCUGCUUUUCGUAAUGCUGCUGCAGGCUCUCACGACAAACAUUCAGUAGGGCAUACCGAAUCUGGCAGCUCAUUCAUCAAGAAGCACUUGUCGGCGUCCGAUAACAGAAGAUAUCGUAGCUGAGGCUGUGUAGCGAGAAAAAUGUCUACUGCAUUCUUGAGCUUGCCUCACGUAGGCAAGCAGCUGCCUUUAUUUACUUCCGGCGAGCUCGUCAUGGUUAGAAGUUAGAAGAAAAAGACUUAUACUGGCAACAAUCGCAAUCACAGUAUUGUUGGCCUGCUUCGGCUCCUAUGGAAACUUGCUGUUCUUUGCGCAAGCCCUGCUCCGCAAGGAUAACGCUCCUUGGGCGACAUCUUUGCAAAGCCGCGCUUGCGUGUUGUUCUUGUGAAAGGCUGUAUAGGCGUCGAUUUCUUCGGCGCAGUCGCGCGAAGUGAAUCCUUCCUACUGGAAAGGCACUGAGAUUUACAAUACGCGCGCACUGCGAACUUGUACUAAGCUGUUUGCGCCAAUUGGGGCGCUCGCUACGUAGGCGUGAUUCUUUCCAUAGUUGCGCGUGUAUGCUAAAAGCUUCUCGAUGUUUCUGUGCCGUCUUAAGAGCUGUUCAAUACCGCGAAUGAAUUUUUGUUUGUUUGUUUGGUGCUUGUUGUGCUGUUGGUGACACGAUGUGUUCGCUACUCGUGCGAGUCGAGAAUAUCCUACCAAUGUCAGCAUGUUGGCGCUUGUUAAAUGCUGAAGCGGUGCAUGCCUUUGUUUUCUGUCCUUCGAUGGUGCUUAUCUUGCACCAAAGCAGCGAGAUUUUCGCGAACUCUCUGUGGAGUCAGUGACAAGCUUCGACUACAGCACGAAUCCAGAAGGGAGCUGCAAACUACCGCACACUGUCGUUUUUGCGGAUUCCUCCAGUUCUUGUUGACGUGAGCACGCAGAGGCGCUGCCUCUGCAGGCAAUCUUGUUCUACUACGUUCGUUGUGAAUAGCUGUUUAUCUUCCUCGCGUUGUUGUCCCGGUGCCAUGAUUUGUGAUCUUUAUCAUACUAACACGAGCUUAUGGGGACCACGCAGUCUUGGACUAGCGCAGAUGAAGAAAGAGCGAUAGGAUGGUUACGCUUGAUGAAGGCUUUCGGUGAUGGGCGUAGCCGACGGGUGAUUAUGUUGUCAUCGACGCGUUGUGCCAAAAUAUAUAAACAUACAUGUAACUGCCGUGAUAAGCGCUUGCUUGUGGCCACAGCUGGGAUAAGAGCGAAGACAAAACGGCUACGGAACGGUAUCAUGAUUGCUGCUAUGAGGUGCGAAAGACAAUGAGUGGGUAGCGGCGCUGUUUUGAUUAAGCUUGGAUGUUUAUUUAAGCGUCCCCGGACCAUGCGUAACGUACUUCGUGAUGUAAUGUGACGUGCUUAUCGCAGCUGCCCUCUCAGUACUCUUCGCUGUAACUUUGUAUUUGUGUUCGAGGCAUCCGGCAACCGAAGAAGCACGCACCUGAAACAUGCGCACGCCAAGAAGCCCCCUUCCAGGGCUUCUUUCAUUAAGCAUUGUCUAGAGAAGUAGCAGUUUUUCUUCUCGAUCGCUUGCCAAGAGUCCCAACAGAUUCGUAGCAAGGCAACCCGCGCUGCGAACAAAACCUUUGUGUUGUGUUUUGAAAUCAACUGCGUUUCGUGUAGCUGCCCGACUAUGAAAUAGUAUGGAGCCUACGGGAACAAUCGUGUCAAGCUCGAUACCCCGCAUUUUGCAUACGGUGCUGCCACUUUGGUCUGAGUUGAGUGUGCAACGCUGACGCUACAUUCACACCUGCAUUUAGAGAGCCGCUGCUACACCAGCCAGGCGAUGCCAUCUCACUUUCUCUCUCCAGAGCAAACAAAUGAAGGGGAUCGCCGAGCGUGCGCAGGAGUAGACAGCGAGCCACGCGCUCUUUUUCGCGACUCCGUUUCAUUCAGCGCUUUCCGGACGCAGAGGUCGUUCACACACGCAAUUUCCUGUUGCAGCGUUGCUUCCCGAAAAGUUAUCUAUUUUGGCGUACUCUCGCCUCCCCCUUCCCCUCCGCCCUCUCUGCCCCUCAACCGUCGCCGCAAUUAUUUAAGCAACGGCGGGAGGCAUAGCGCAAAGCUGAUUUUGCAAGUGCCUGCACGCAUGCUGCAGCAACGGGGUGCUAUAGGUGCAUACGCCAAGGCGAACAAAAAAGAUUAACCUAACAAUGGCGCAAGCAGAUCAUUACGCGAACCGCGCUUGCUUGCUGUCAGGCUGCUGUCAUAUGUAUGUGAGUCACGAAGCGGACCAUUGCCCCGUUCCCUCCGUUCUCGAUUUUUUUACCUCGCGUCGCAGGGGCCGCAGGAUUCCUCGCGUGUACAUACAUUUCUAAACCACGUGCCGCGUUGAUGUCCGGUGACCACCGCUCUCUAUAUUUGAUACGAAACACAUAUGGCAUCGCGUCAACGUGCAGGCAUGGAAGGCAAAAAAAAAAAGAAAAACACAGACAAGCAGCGUUUGCUCCCAUCCAGAUCAAAUUCCAAGCAGCCGUCGUCGCUCGGCUAAUGAGAAAAGUUGCCCGGCGCGCACCAUUGGUAGGCGUAGAACAACAACAAAGAAGGUAUGCCGCAGAGAUGGAGAGAGCGCGCACGGCAUAUUAAAGCACCUUGUACUAUACGGCCCGUUCUAGUCGGUCGCCUCUUACUUGUCGAUGCAGACCGUCCCUCCUCCUCAUAAAUCAUUCUGUUGGCGGCAUCCGUGACCGCAGGAACGCGUGUGCGUGCUUCCCUAUCCAUUUCCCCGAACGCAGGCCCAGUGCGCUGACGCAACUGUUCCCCCGGGUGACAUUGAAGCAGUUCGGUCGCACGCGGUUCGCUCGGCGGCGCGUCCGGCGCUAAGGUGCCUAACAGCCGUCUGCGACCCUGGCGGUCCGCGCGGCGAUAUUUCUUCGACCAUGUACAAAAGCAAAUGGCUUGUCUCGGCUGUCACCCGGCGGUGGCGCCGCGCUGGAUUCUCAGCAAAGACGUGACGCGGCUGCCUGUCUUGUCGAGAGCCGACCGCCGCAUGGCGGGGAUGAUAUGUAAGGAAGGCGAACGGCACGCGCGCCGCUUACCACCCACGUUUCGCGAGAAGGAAGCGUUGUGCGCGGUUCGCUCGAGUUACGCUGCACUCGGGAUUGUUUUUGGGAUGGCUGUGCUGUGAUUAGACUUACUACAACCAUUACUACCACCGCUAAUAAUAUACUGCACUGUACGAGUAUAAUGUGUAUGCAUACGCACUGUACAGAUUUGAGGUGUAUAGCUUGUACACAUCUACAAUAUAUGGAAAUGGUUAGCUGA